AUGGCCUCCAAGACAGCAAAUCGUACUCCUCCGAGGUCUCGUCGGGAGCCGGAGGGGCGCUUCCCGGGACCGGACAAGUAUUCGGUGCUGUUGCCCACCUACAACGAGCGCGAGAACCUGCCGCUCAUCGUGUGGCUGCUGGUGAAGAGCUUCUCGGAGAGUGGAAUCAACUAUGAAAUUAUAAUCAUAGAUGAUGGGAGCCCAGAUGGAACAAGGGAAGUUGCUGAACAGUUGGAGAAGAUCUAUGGAUCAGACAAAAUUCUUCUAAGACCACGGGAGAAAAAGUUGGGACUAGGAACUGCAUAUAUACACGGAAUGAAACAUGCCACAGGAAAUUACAUAAUUAUUAUGGAUGCUGAUCUCUCACACCAUCCAAAAUUUAUUCCUGAAUUCAUUAGGAAGCAAAAGGAAGGUAAUUUUGACAUUGUCUCUGGAACUCGCUACAAAGGAAAUGGAGGUGUUUAUGGCUGGGAUUUGAAAAGAAAAUUAAUCAGCCGUGGGGCCAAUUUUAUAACUCAGAUUUUGCUGAGACCAGGAGCAUCUGAUUUAACAGGAAGUUUCAGGUUAUAUCGAAAAGAAGUUCUACAGAAAUUAAUAGAAAAAUGUGUUUCUAAAGGCUACGUUUUCCAGAUGGAAAUGAUUGUUCGAGCAAGACAGUUGAAUUAUACUAUUGGCGAGCUGAGGAGCGAGAGGAGCGCGGCCGCCGCCGUCCGCCUGCCCGAGCCAGUGAAGCGGCGUCUCCCACACCCUCCGUCUCCUCCCUCCGCCCCUCCUUUGUCUGCACCGCUCGACGACGCCGCCGCCCGCGCGGGGACUGGAGGAAGCCGCUCGCGCCACCGCCGCCGCCCGCCCGCCGCUCUGCUGCGCCCGCCGCGCCCCCCGGCAGCAGCCGCGGCCGCGGCGCGAGCCGGAGCCCGACGAGGCCACCGAGCCCGGGCGCGCCCUCGCCGCCACCGCCGUGCCGCCGCCGCCCGCCCGCCGCUGCUCCCGCCCGGCCCCCGAGCACGCCGGCCCCGCGCGCGCCUCGAGGCCGAGUCAAGGUGUGAGAUGCACAAUGCGAAACCUGGGCCCCAGCUAUCGCACCGUGAUGCACACACAGGGUUGUACUUUUUGUACUGAACUAGAUAGGUAGUCUAGUGGUUAUGCCCCCUACUGCCAUUUUGAGGAUCUGGACUCCGUUGCUGCCUUGCUCUUUGGACCACAUUAUCAAUUCACACCGAAACUAUGUUCCAACUUCCUGUCAACAAUCUUGGCAGUUUAAGAAAAGCCCGGAAAACUGUGAAAAAAAUACUUAGUGACAUUGGGUUGGAAUACUGUAAAGAACACAUAGAAGAUUUUAAACAGUUUGAACCUAAUGACUUUUAUUUGAAAAACACUACAUGGGAGGAUGUAGGACUUUGGGACCCUUCACUUACAAAAAACCAGUGAGAGGCCAUGUCCAGUGAUUAACCUGGAAAUGAAAUUAAGAGUGAUUAAGGACUAUGAAGGUGGAAAACCAGCGAUGGUUAUUGCUAGGCAGUCAGACAUGUCCCAUUCCACCAUAGCUACAAUCUUGAAGAAUAAGAACAAAGUGACAGAAGCUCUUAUAGGAUCUGCUUCAUUGAAGGCAACGAGAUUAACAAAAAUUCAAGAAGGGCCUAUAUCAGAUAUGGAGAAACUUCUAAUGACCUGGAUUGAAGACCAGACACAGAAGCUUAUAGUUGUCAGCAUCAUUACAAUCAUGGCCAAAGCAAAAUGUUUGUGAUGUUGAGUAUACUGCUAGCUCUGAGUAAAGGAUUCAGGAAUAAAUCAUCAUUCAUUGCAUAAUGUGAAAAAGUGAGUGGUGAGUCUGCCAUUGCUGGUGUGAGGGCAGCAGCAGAACUUUUGGAAACUAUAUAAACUGAUUGUAGAAGAAAAUUACUUGCCAGAGUAAAUAAUUCUAUAUGGAUGAAAUCUCCCUACUCUGGAAACAGAUGUCUGAAAGGUCUUCAGUCCAUAAGGCGGCCAAGUCAAUGUCAAGUUUCAAGGCUUUAAGGACAGAAUAGCAGUCUUGCUUGGGGGCAAUGUUGCAGGCUACAAAUUGGAACCUUUGUGAUCUGGCACACAGAACCUCAGGGUCUUCAGCCAUAUCAAUAACAUACACUGAGAGUAUAACACAGGAGCAAUAGGAUGUCAUGGAUGACCCAGCUUCUCUUCCAAGAUGCCCUCCUGAGUGGCUACAGCAGCAAAAUGGAGAAAUACUAUUUGAAGAAUAACAUACCUUUCAAGGAACUUCGUUUUCUGUUGAUUAUGCUGCAGGACAUCUUCCUUUUAUUGGUGAUCUUCACCCCAACAUCAAAGUGUUUCUCCCUCCAAACAAUACCUCUUUGAUUCCACCAGUGGAUCAAGGAGUUAUAGCUGCUUUUAAAGCCAGGACCUUUGCCCAGGCUGUUGCUGCAACAGAAAAACACUGAGAAUAUACUGAUGAAAUUCUAGAAUUAUUACAAUAUCUAUGACUGCAUAAGAACCCUGCUUAAGGUGAUGUCACUUAGGAAUAUACGAAAGACAUCUGGAAGAAGACACGCAAGAAGUCCAUCCAUACCUUCAAAGGAUUUGUCAAGGAUGAGGAUAUUGCAAAAAUCAAUCAGGCUAUGGCUGAACAGUGGCAAACCACUUUAACCUGUGUAUGGAUAAGGAUGAUGUUGAGUAGCUCCUAGAGGUGAUUCCUGAGGAAUUGACUAAUGAGGACUCAUUAGGCGUGGAACAGGAACAAAUCGGUGAAGAAAAGGAAACUGCAGAAGAGAUGCACAUUACUGCCCCUGAAGACCUUCCAAUGGGACGAGAUGUGGAGGUGAAAGACAGUGAUGUAGAUGACAUUGGAUAGGGCAAGACUAAUGUGUUUGUGUGUUUAACAAACAAAGAAAAAGUUUAUGAAGUAUUUUUAAAAAUUAAAUGGAAAAAAACAAUAAGGAUAUAAAGAGAAAUAAUUUUUAUACAGCUAUAUAAUGUUUUUUAUGCUUUGAGCUGUUAUUUUAAAAAGUCAAUAAGUUAAAAUGUUUAAGUUUAUAAAGUUAUAGUAAGCUGUUUAAUUUAUUGAAAAACUUUUUAAUGAAUUUAGUGUAAUAUGCAUGUGCAGUGUUUAUAAAAUCUAUAGUCAUGUACAGUAUAUCCUAGGCCUUCAUGUUCACUCACUCACUGACUCACCCAGAGCACCUUCAGUCUUGCAGGCUCCAUUGUUGUCCUGUGUGUCCAUUAUGUCUUGUACCAGUUGAUGCCAUGGCUCUCUCUCUCAUCCGAGAUGGAGCCAAGGCCACUGAGGAGACUGGUGGAAGACCAAGAUCUGCCACUGGCGUGAAGAAGGCUUUCAAGGCACCUGUUAAAUUCUUUUUUCUUUUUCCUUUUUAACUGCUAAAAUAAACAUUUUUUUUCCAGUUCUCUUUUUGUUAAGGAGCAUACCCUGCUCAUAUAUGUAAAUGUCUCGAUGAUAAAAGGAUGUAAACAUAAAUUGGCAUUAAUUUGCAAGCAGAAUCUUAA